AUGGCCACAUCGCUGAGCAAGGGCAGUCAAUCCGUGGAUUCAUUCUCAAGGCCAAACAAUGAAAGCCAGAAGGCAUCAGACAGUGGCCUUGCCAAGAUUGCGGUGACGAGGGAGCCAACACAUCCUCUUGUGACUAUUGGGUAUCAUGCUUUGCUGCCAAAUGAGGGUGGCCAUGUGGCUGCUCCCUCGCAGUCAGUUGGCAUGCUCAGCUCGUCAAUUCCAGCGCAUUGGCCUGUGGUAGAUGAGGUUCAGGAUACAGAGUUGCUCUGGCUGGAAAAGUGCAGUGCCCAAGGAGUCUAUGCAGCGCAUCAUGCAAGGAAGAGUGGGUGUCAUGAGCCACCAUCUAUGGAGCUGCUCUUUAAGCAUCUUGCUGAUCGUGAUGGAAUGGCUGAUAAGUUGUGUUCAGAGGGAAGAGCUUGUUCAUCAGAUAUGUAUGUCAGCUCACUCCUUAAUUACACAUCCACAGUGGAAUUGCUAUACAUGGAUAUGGCCUUUACGUGCAAGCAUGCUGAUAUUCCAGCUAUCAUCGGUACUGCACCUCUGAAGGCGAACAAGGUGAAUCAUCUUCAUGCUUUCCUUCAGUACAAAAAGUAUCCCCCUCAUUCCCCAGUCCCCAUACCAACACCCUCCCCCCAACAAAAAUGA